ACUUGAGUAGAGAAGUUCGGAACCAAUGCAUAAUUUACAUUUGGACUAGGUUCCGUUACUAAAUCUUAAAAUAAAUUUCUGAUACGUAACAACGAAGCUUAGUGGAGGUCUUGAAAUCAUUUCUGUGGGAUACUAUACUUAAAAUAAGGUAAUGUUAUGGGAAAGUUACUCUUGCACUACCUAACUAAUAUGUGCUGUUUGGGGGCUUUGGUCGUUAUUCCAAUCUACCGCAAUCUAAAGAUCUAUAGGAUAUGUAGGAUCUGUAGGAUACUAUAAAAGAUAGCAGCCCAAUUACUAUUUUGCUUACAAUCGGUUGAUAUCUCGUUUAAUUCGAUGUCACUUUAGUGAUCUGUGUCAUUUAGUGACGUAAUUGAAAGCUUAAUCAUUGAUUGCGAAUGGUGGUAAUAGUCGUAGUCGUCGUAGUCGUCGGUCAUCGUCGUUGUUCUGGUUCUUGUCAGAGUUGUGCAGUCAGGUCAGAUGGGUCAGAUUGAUGGUGUUAAUAGAAAGUACUGAGCGGUACUGAGGGUACUGAGCAAUACGUAGUUUGAGUAUUGGGUUUAUUCGGUGAAAUUCUGAAAGGACAGUUGCCCAGUUACUGUUCAGGGUCGAAUGAUUUCUUGCCUGAAUUUUGUAUUGGAAAGAAAUUAUACAUAGUGCGCGUAAUAUAUAAAAGAUUCAUCUUGCCGAAAGUAGACAAUUUUAUUACUCGUGAUGGGUGUCGUGUAUUUCAUAUUUAAAACCUUAUAUCUAUGGACGCUUAUAUUUUUACUUAUUGCUUUAAUGCCGGGAUUGCCACCCUACGUUCAGUUUACCGAAUUUAGAGUUACUGAACCACUUCCAUUGAUGGGGUCACUGAGUUUAAACUCUGUACUAAAUAAUGCUGAACGUUUAUUCAGCGGUAAAGUGCAUGGCCCAGAAGCGUUUGAAGACCACAAAGGAGUUUUGUAUACAGGGAUACAUGGAGGAGAAAUAGUGAAGUUUGUUGAUGGUAAAAUAAUCCCAGUAGUAAAAUUUGGUCAAGUCUGUGAUGGUUUCUGGGAAGAAAAGAAGUGUGGACGGCCACUAGGAAUUAGGUUUGGCCCGGAUGGUCACCUUUAUGUCGCUGAUGCAUACUAUGGAUUGUUUAAAGUCAAUGUAAACAGUGGUGCAAAAACACAACUUGUGUCAACUGAUGAUCCAGUUGAAGGAAAGAUUAAUAAACUUCCCAAUUCACUUGAUAUAGCCAAUGAUGGUACUGUCUACUGGACAACUUCAAGUUGCAACUUUCAUCUUGACAAUGGUGUCUUUGAUAUGCUUGCAGAUGGAAGUGGCAGGCUGUUAAAAUAUGACCCUAAAACAAGUAGCAAUGAAGUGCUCAUUGAUGGUCUGCACUUUGCCAAUGGUGUCGUUCUGUCUCCAAAAGAAGAUUUUGUGCUGGUUGCAGAAACAGCAAGAAGCCGUAUACACAGGUAUUAUGUGAAGGGUCCUAAGAAGGGAAGUCGAGAUAUUUUUAUAGAUGGUCUCCCAGGUCUUCCAGACAACUUGAAGUCUGAUGGUCAAGGAGGAUUUCUGGUUCCGCUGGUUGUGCUUAGAGACCAGAGUAACCCCGUGCUAUUCCAGAGUCUUGGGCCAUUCCCUCUACUAAGGAAGUUCAUAGCACGUGUUCUAGCUCUAAUGGAAAUGUCAUUUGAGCAGAUCGACAAAAUAUAUCCAAACUAUUAUGCCAAGAGAAUUGUUCACUGGAUUGGUCACUUUGAAUCUGUAAAUGAACUUGCUAAAAAGGGUACUAUUGUCCUGCAGCUUGAUGUAGAUGGCAAAAUUAAACACAGUUAUCAUAAUACAGAUGGAUCUUUAUCUGGAAUUAGUGAAGCUCAUUGGUUUGAUGGAGCAUUCUUCUUUGGCUCUCCAUACAAUACAUAUGUUGGACAAGUGAAACUGUCAUUUGCUGAGCCUCAAAAAAUCAUGCAAGAAAAAAAACCUGAACAACAAAAGGAGCAGCAGCCAAAAAAACAACAGCAAGAACCAUCGCAACCACCACAACAGCAGCAACAACAACAGAAACCAACACUGCAGCAGCAGCAGCAACAACAACAUCCACCACCACAGCAGGAACAAAAGCCACCAGCAUCUCCUCCACUGCAACAACAGAAACCAUCACCAUCAAAGCAGCAACAACAGCAACAACAACAAAAUAAACCCUAACCAGAGUAACAAAAUAAAAAGAAUCAGAAAUUCUUGUUAAAGGCAGUUUGAGAACUGUACUUUUCUUAGAUCUGUGUUUGGUGAUUGGUUUGGUGCAGGUAAUAAGCGUAUUUCUUGAUGAGAAACAUUCGAUUUCUAGACUGUGUCAAUGUUUGCAAGACAGCAUGUUUAAAACUUUAUUUUGUUUGCAUUUACAUUACAGAUAUAUAUUUUUUAUAUUUUUAUACAUAGCUUGGGACAGUUGUACUAUGUUUUUCAAUUGCAAACUAUCACACAUGUCUUGCAUUGUUGCCAUAAUCUUACAAAUAAGUAGUUCAUGCAGGCAACCAAAAGAAAAAAAGAAAAACUAAAAUAAUUGUCCAUUUUAUUGAUUGGUGUAAUAUGGUAUGGAACCUGCCAUAAUUAUGUUUAAGAACGUGUUCAUGGUACUUUUCAGCAAUAGAAGACAGAUAAGUGUACAUUUGAUAUUGUCACGUGUUUCCUGUGUGGCGUAACAAAUAACUCGCGCCACUUCGGAUUUAGUGAAUAUUCAUUGUACAUUUUUAUCCACACUUACAUAAUUCACAGUGUCACAUUUACUUCUUCUGCUAUAGUCCUUUCAGACUUCAACUGUACUCGGCGACUGUCAGCCUUCAACUAAACUCCUUAGGCAUUCCAGUUACUGUUAUAAACCCUCAGUCGGGCAGUGGAAACACACCUCGCUUCACUGUUGUGUAAUUGCUGUUUACAGAAGCGUUGCUGCACAACGCUGCAUAGCAACCAGCGCACUUCAGCUCGACAUGGACAAACAACGGUUUGACAUGUCACAAUAUUAUUGCGCCAUUGACACAUUAUUAAGAAUUAAAAAAAAUAGUUAAUUGAAGAAAUUUAUUGUUGAUUUUUUUCAUAUUCCUAUGGUCAUGUUUUCUGAAUAUGAAGCAGCUAUUGGUGGUUACUUGUUGACAGUUGUAAUCAUUGUUGCAGUUCUUUUAUAUCAAGUUACUGUGUGGUCAGUUUUGUUACGUCUGUUUCGUAUGUUUAUGUUUUGUGUCACAUUAAAAUAAUUGACUGUUAAAAUGUUUCUUUGCAUAUAAAAUUAUUAUCAGGCUUAGCUAACCAAUAAAAUUUCGUCUUAUCCUCUUAUUUUUUCUCACAUGUCAUCACCCACACAUAAAGCAUACAAAACCAUGACACUUAUAUUUUGCCAGUCAGCAUAAACAUGGCAGAAACAAAUGUGAGAUGUUAUAGACACAACAGAAACAGCAACUGAAUUGUCAAUCCAGUUAUGAAAUGUCAGUUUUUCCUUGAAAGCCAGAAAAUAUUUCAUUUUCAACAACAAAAAAAUUUAAGUCUGCUCUUUUAUGCAAACCUUAUUUAAAUUCCUGACAUUUUAGAGCAGCUUUAAUAUUAUUAAAGAUUUAAUUACUUAGUGCUCGUCAACUUUCUGCAGUUGUAAUGUGAACUUUGAAGACUGUUUCUUAAGCUAUUAAAAAAAUCCCCAUUGUA